AAGGACGACGAUCGCGAUGACGAAAUGGAUUUCUCUCCAUUUCUGGGGAUUGACAAGGGUGGAGUCCUACAGGAAGCCAGGGUUUUUAAUGAUUCCCAGUUAGAUGCCAGACGAUGUUCUCAGGUCAUAACGAAGCUUCUGUAUCUUAUGAACCAAGGCGAAACAUUCACAAAGUUUGAAGCUACGGAAGUGUUUUUUUCCGUGACAAAGCUAUUCCAAUCAAAAGAUGUUGGUCUCAGGAGAAUGGUGUAUUUGAUUAUUAAGGAGCUCUGUCCCUCUGCAGAUGAGGUUAUCAUGGUGACCAGCUCAUUGAUGAAGGACGUGAAUAGUAAAACUGAUAUGUACAGGGCAAAUGCUAUCCGUGUCCUUUGCCGAAUCACCGUGGAUGGAACCCUUCUUACUCAAAUAGAAAGAUACUUGAAGCAAGCCAUUGUUGACAAAAAUCCUGUUGUUGCUAGUGCUGCGCUUGUCAGUGGAAUUCACUUGCUUCAGACAAAUCCAGAAAUUGUGAAAAGAUGGAGCAAUGAGGUACAAGAAGCCAUUCAAUCAAGGGCUGCCCUUGUACAAUUCCACGCACUUGCUCUGCUGCACCAGAUAAGGCAAAAUGACCGUCUAGCUGUAAACAAACUAGUUACUAGCUUGACAAGAGGGACUGUUCGCUCACCGCUGGCCCAAUGUCUUUUGAUUCGCUAUACAAGCCAGGUCAUAAGAGAAUCUGGAGUUAAUCAAACAGGGGACCGUCCGUUUUAUGACUACUUAGAGGGGUGUCUUCGUCACAAAGCAGAUAUGGUUAUUUUAGAAGCUGCUAGAGCAAUCACAGAGUUCAGUAGCGUCUCAAGUCGGGAAUUAACUCCAGCAAUUACUGUGCUUCAGCUCUUCCUAAGCUCUUCAAAGCCGGUUCUUCGAUUUGCUGCUGUCCGCACUUUGAAUAAGGUCGCAAUGACGCAUCCGAUGGCUGUGACGAACUGUAACAUUGACAUGGAAAGCUUGAUCUCUGAUCAAAACAGAAGCAUAGCAACUCUUGCGAUCACAACUCUCCUUAAAACUGGCAAUGAGUCAAGCAUUGAUCGUCUGAUGAAGCAAAUUACUAAUUUCAUGUCUGACAUUGCUGAUGAGUUUAAGAUUGUUGUGGUGGAAGCCAUCAGGUCCUUGUGUUUAAAGUUCCCCCUCAAGUACCGAUCUCUGAUGAAUUUCUUAAGCAAUAUUUUGAGAGAAGAAGGUGGGUUUGAGUACAAGAAAGCAAUAGUGGAUUCAAUUGUGAUUCUUAUAAGAGAUAUCCCUGAUGCUAAAGAAAGUGGGCUCCUUCAUUUAUGUGAAUUCAUUGAGGAUUGUGAAUUUACAUAUCUUUCCGCCCAGAUACUGCACUUUCUUGGAAAUGAAGGGCCUAAGACUUCAGAUCCUAGUAAAUACAUUAGAUACAUUUAUAACCGCAUAAUACUUGAAAAUGCAACAGUUCGGGCAUGUGCUGUCAGUACUCUUGCAAAAUUUGGAGCGAUAAUUGACUCAUUGAAGCCCCGCAUCUUUGUUCUGUUGAAACGGUGUCUAUUCGACAAUGAUGAUGAGGUUCGUGAUAGGGCAACACUUUAUCUGAAUACCCUAGGAGGUGAUGGUGCUGUUGUUGAAACUGAUGAAGAAGUGAAGGAAUUCUUGUUUGGACCACUUGGUGUCCCGACAGUAAAUUUAGAAACAAAUUUGAAGAACUACGUCCCCUCAGAUGAGCCAUUUGAUAUCAAUUGUGUUUCAAAGGAGGUUAAGUCUCAAUCCAUUGCAGAGAAGAAAGCGCAUGGCAAAAAACCUAGUGGUCUAGCUGCCCCUCCUUCUGGCCCCACAUCAGCUGUUGAUGCAUAUGAAAAUUUACUUGCAUCCAUACCAGAGUUUUCAAGCUAUGGGAAGCUUUUUAAGUCAUCAACACCAGUGGAACUUACAGAAGCUGAGACAGAAUAUUCAGUCAAUGUGGUGAAACACAUAUUUGAUAGCCACGUUGUAUUUCAGUACAAUUGCACAAACACAAUUCCAGAGCAAUUGUUGGAGAAUGUCACUGUUAUUGUUGAUGCUUCUGAAGCUGAGGAAUUUUCUGAAGUGGCUGCUAAACCCCUCACAUCCCUUCCAUAUGAUUCGCCUGGGCAGACAUUUAUAGCUUUUGAGAAACCAGAAGGAGUGCCUGCAGUUGGUAAAUUCUCAAAUACAUUGAGGUUCAUUGUUAAAGAGGUCGAUCAAAGUACUGGUGAAGCAGAGGAAGAUGGGGUGGAAGAUGAAUACCAACUAGAGGACGUGGAGGUGGUUGCAGCGGACUAUAUGCUUAAAGUGGGUGUGUCCAAUUUUAGGAAUGCAUGGGAAAGCAUGACGCCAGAUAGUGAGCACGUGGAUGAAUACGGUCUUGGUCAUAGAGAAAGCUUGGCUGAGGCUGUUAAUGCUGUCAUUAAUCUCCUUGGCAUGCAGCCCUGCGAGGGAACGGAAGUGGUGCCAAGCAAUGCAAGAUCACAUACAUGCUUACUCUCGGGCCUAUACAUAGGGAAUGUGAAGGUGCUUGUUAGGUUAGCAUUUGGAAUCGAUGGGAUGAAAGAGGUUGCCAUGAAGUUGGCCGUUAGAUCUGAGGAUGCCUCUGUCAGUCUUGCAAUUCAUGAAAUCGUUGGAAGUGGUUAAUCUUUCAUUCUUUCUUGCUUACAAGUUACAAACGAAAGCUUAAACCGGGCUUUGUAGAGACAUGCUUUCUUUUUCAAUUUUUAAAUUUUAUUUUGAAGGAAUUUUAGUGUAGAUGCAUUGAGUGAGGGUCCUUUAUAGAAUAUCUGAAUGUGGUGUCCGGGGAACAUUUUCCGAAAUGUUUUUUUAUUUUUCGUAUAGUCCAUUUAUUCUUUUGAUAUCUUUGGAAUGGCUUCAUGCUAAGAUUAGGGCCUUUGUGUGUGUGCGUCUGUCCCUUAAAAAACUUCAUGCUUACUUUUCUGGGUAUCGCCAAAUAAAGUUUAUGUCCUUAUUU